AUUGAACAAAAGCAGGAAAUUGCAGCACAAAUAUGGCUGCCAGAACACUACGGAUAGGUCUCAUCCCCGGAGACGGUAUCGGACGUGAGGUCAUUCCGGCUGGCCGAAGACUAUUGGAAUCUCUUCCUACUUCAUUGGGUCUUAAAUUCUCUUUUGUUGACCUCGAUGCUGGCUUUGAUACGUUCAAGAAGACCGGCAAUGCGUUACCCGACAAGACAGUCGAUAUCUUGAAGAAGGAAUGUGAUGGUGCUUUGUUCGGCGCAGUCAGCUCACCAAGCACCAAAGUCGCCGGCUACUCUUCCCCCAUCGUCGCUCUUCGUAAGCGUCUCGAUUUGUACGCCAAUGUCCGUCCUGUCAAGACCACUGCCGGUGGCAGCGCAACUGGCUCCCCCAUUGAUCUCGUCAUUGUCCGCGAGAAUACCGAAGAUCUCUAUGUCAAAGAAGAAAAGACAACUGAAGGCCCUGAGGGUAAGGUUGCCGAGGCUAUCAAGCGUAUUUCGGAACGCGCCUCUUCCCGAAUCGCUACCAUGGCCGGAGAAAUUGCUCUACGACGACAAAAGAUUCGUCAAGUGAGCCCCGGCACAUCUCACUUGUCCAAGCCUAUGGUUACUAUCACCCACAAAUCCAACGUCCUAUCUCAAACCGAUGGUCUCUUCCGCGAAACCGCUCGGAAGGCUCUCGCAAACCCCAAGUACAGCACCGUCGAAGUCGAGGAACAAAUCGUCGAUUCUAUGGUGUACAAACUGUUCCGUCAACCUGGUUACUACGAUGUUAUUGUUGCACCUAACCUGUACGGCGACAUCUUGUCCGAUGGAGCUGCCGCUCUUGUUGGUAGUUUGGGUCUAGUUCCUAGCGCUAAUGUUGGCGAUGGUUUCGCUAUUGGUGAGCCAUGCCAUGGAAGUGCUCCGGACAUUGAAGGAAAGGGAAUUGCGAACCCUAUUGCUACCUUGCGUAGUGUGGCGCUUAUGCUUGAGUUCCUUGGUGAGGAGCCUGCUGCUGCUAAGAUUUAUGCUGCUGUUGAUGCCAACCUUGACGAGGGCAAGUAUCUUUCCCCUGAUCUUGGUGGGAAGGCUACUACUCAGGAGGUCCUUGAAGAUGUCUUGAAGAGGUUGUAAGUAUAAAAGUGCCUGUACACUUGAAGUCUUUGAACUGCAUUAGAUAGGUGCACAAAAGUCAAAUUCCUGUUCUUAUAAUGUACAAGCUGAGGUGUAUAAAAAGCUCGAGUAUGCAAUAACAUAUAUAAAAAAAAUUCUAUUUCCACGCCC